AAUACCACACCAGCAGUUAAGGAAAGGGAAUGAGAGUGGUUGUGUCGAGACCGAGGAAUGAUGAUUUCGUGUGUGAGUCUGUUUCAUAGCCACAUCGUGAUCCAAAAUUGUUGUGAGGAUGCAUUCCUAGCGUAUCAGUGAUAUCUUUCGGCUAAUGUUCAAGACCAAGAGGAGAGUCAGAAACAGAUCCACACACCACCCUCAUCAUGGCCACGGCUCAGAAAUGCGUCAUCAGUCAGUGCUGCUGCGGAUGCAGCCUCAGGAGGGCGGCGCUCUUCAUCGCUGCCGCUUUCGUGCUGAUCGACAUCGCUUUCAUGGCUUACAACGUUUGGGAACUUGUGAAAGCCCGCCCGGACUGGCUCCUGUGGACAGUCUUCGGCCUCGAGACAGUCAACCUCUUGAUGGACUGCGUGUUGCUGGCGGGGGUUGUCAAGGAAAACUACAGGGCAAUAAUGGCAUGGGUGUGGGUGUCAGUCGCCCAGGCGGUGCUGACAGUCAUCGCAGCCAUCGCGUCAGCCUUCUUCGUCAGCCCCGCCCCCGUGUCCGCCGCCGUCGUCAUCGCGGGCGUCCUCUUUGCCCUCGUCUACAGCAGCGCCGUCGUCGUCGUCCGCUCCUUCGGCUGACGCUCCGUUCGGCCGAUGAGAGCACCGCGUGAAUCCCAACUGUGACGUCAUGGAGAAUGAAUCAAUGAGUCGUCAUGGUUGCGUGCUGGCAAGCAGACCCACGCCCGGGUCAUGGAGAAGAGGACACUGCAUUUGCUUGGUGAAGGAAGCACGGCAGUCAACUAGAAACGCAAAGCUAAAGGGUUAAAAUCCUACCCCGAUGAGAGAAAUAAUAGCCGGUUCGUUGCUUCGUUCCCUUCGGCUCUCUGUGGCUAGUUGUGAAUCAUUUACUGAAGGUGAAGCACGCAUAAUGUAGGUCUCUAAGGAACGGAAGGCUAAGACACUGCAGUAGUUGUAAUAUAUGCUUCCCUUAACGGCCCGUUCCCCAUACGUGGCAGAAUAUGUAAAAAAAAAAAAAAAUGCAUAAUAAAUUUAUAUAUUAAAAAAA